AACCCAAGUGUUUCCGGCUAUAUUAUACCAGCAAUAACCCUAAGUGUUUCCGGCUAUAUUAUAAAACCUCCUGGGCCUUUCAACAACGACAACACCCGCAGAUCCAUUAACUUAAACCAAACACCUUCUCACCCUCCCUACCUCCCUCCCUCUCUCAUGGGCUCUGGACCGUUGAUAAUGCUCUAAUCUCUCUCCAAAAUUUCUCUUGAUUCUCUUUCUGGGUCUCAAUUUUUUCUUAAAAACUCAAUUUUUCUUGCAAUCCCCCUUGUUUUCUCAUCUGGGUGUCUCUUAGAUUUCUCAAAAUGGGUAAAAAUCAAGCUUACAAAGCUAUGCAAAGAGCCAGGCUUGGCUCCAGCUCUGGUGGUCCUGAAGAGAUUGAAGAUGGCAUGGUGGAUGGUUCUUUUCAUUCACCAGAGUGGCAUGCUGCUCGUUUGGCCAGCCUUAAUACAACUCACACGGUAACCUGGGAAGAGUUCAAGAAAAAGCAAAAGGAGGAUGAAAUGAGAAAGGGGGAACUAGAAGCAGAUAAGGAUAGAAUGAUGAGGGAGUACCGAGCUCAAUUGGAUGCUGAAAGGGCACGCAAACUUGCUCAUGGCCGGAAUCACUCUGGGAGCAAAUCUAGUCAUCAAAAGGAUAGAAAGGACAGAGAUUCAAAGAAACGCAGCAGUAAAAAAAGAAAGCAUUCGAGGCGGAGAUCCAAUGAUUCUAGCUCCUCCAGUUCAUCCUCGGAUUCUUCAAGUAGUGAAGAUGAGAGGGAAUCAAAAAGAUCAAAGUCAAGGUCUAGAAAAACAAAGGAAAAGAAGCGCAAGUCAAGAACCAAGCACUCCAGUAUUGAUGAUGAAGAGGCUGCUGGGCCUGUGCCACUUUCUAAAUUCUUUGGAAGCUUGAAGAACUAAUAGCGUGAUCAAAGAUUAUCUAGGGUACCCUUCAGAUGUCUCUUCCUAUAAGAGGAUAUCAAUAGCCUUGUUCUUUAUAGCAUUUUUUCCAGCAAUUUGCUUUGAGCAAAUAUGUAUCCAAUUGCUCCUUCCUUUUCAAGUCACUGAGCUUGUAAUGCUAUUAAUUUGAUUCCAAAUUUUUCUCCUUAAAAAUUCAGCCCCAACAUUUCUUUUCAGAA